AUCGAAACAAAAAAGGGAAAGACUUCUUUUACUCCUUUAUUUGCCAAACUUUUUUUUUUUUCUGAUGGUCCCCGGUGACUCCAACAAGUGAUUUUUUUUUUUUACUUUAUUUGAAUUUUGUAAUUUCCCUCUCAGCCGUGUCAGGUCUGUAUUCUGACACGCGGACCCGGUGUUGUCGCCUGUGAGCACCGACAUGGAUUUCGCGACUUUAAAAACGUGUUUACCGGACGAUCUGAGCUGAUUUCAGGCCAGUUUCACACACUGACACAUCCUAAACGAACAUUACAGUUUUACCCACUUUGAUAUUGUUGGAGAGGAGAACACACGCAUUCGUGGAGGAGUCUGGGCACCGGUCGUGUUGCGCACUAGAGAAAUAGAAGAACUGUGGGAAAGGGAGACUGUUGGAUCACAAACUUCUCACAUAUUAAAUCCACAGAAGAAGAUAAGAAGUGACUUUUUUAUUUCCCACACAUCAGAGGAGAGAAGAUGGAUUUACUCAUAUGGCUCUGUGGAUGUUUACUGGCUUUUCUUUCGCUUCCAGUCAGAGCAGAAGAAGGAGCGUCUGAGCCGUGCGGUGGCUUCCUCGAUGCCAGCGAUGCCGGAUACAUCACCACACCUGGCUACCCGCUGGAGUACCCCCCCCACCAGAACUGCCGCUGGAUCAUCACGGCCCCCGAGCCUUCGCAACGCAUUGUCCUCAACUUCAACCCGCACUUUGAGAUCGAGAAGCUGGACUGCAGGUAUGACUACGUCGAGAUCCACGAUGGAAACUCAGAGUCUGCCGACCUCCUGGGGAAACACUGCAGCAACAUCGCCCCUGCACCAAUCAUAUCGUCAGGCCCCUCCCUCCACAUCAAGUUCGUAUCGGACUACGCCCACCAGGGGGCAGGCUUCUCGCUGCGCUACGAAAUCUUCAAAACAGGUUCAGACUGUUCCCGUAACUUCACCAGCCCCUCGGGUCUCAUCGAGUCUCCGGGCUUCCCCGACAAAUACCCGCACAACCUGGAGUGCUCCUUCAUCAUUGUUGUCCCUCCCAGCAUGGACGUCACCCUCAGCUUCCUCACCUUUGACCUGGAGAACGACCCCCUGCCAGGGGGAGAGGGGGACUGCAAAUACGACUGGCUUGAGGUCUGGGACGGGCUCCCUGGAGUGGGCCCCCUGAUUGGCCGUUACUGUGGGACCAGGGUGCCUCCCGAGAUCCAAUCAUCUACCGGGAUUCUGUCGCUGUCCUUCCACACGGACAUGGCCGUGGCCAAAGACGGCUUCUCGGCCCGAUACAACAUGACGCACAAGGAAGUCAGUGAGAAUUUCCACUGUAGUAACGCCUUCGGUAUGGAGUCGGGAAAGAUCACUGACGACCAGAUCACAGCCUCGUCAAGUUUCUAUGAUGAGCACUGGCUGCCGCGUCAGGCCCGACUCAACUACCACGACAACGGAUGGACGCCCAACGAAGACAGCAACAGGGAAUACAUUCAGGUGGAUCUCCACACUCUGAAGGUGCUAACCGGCAUUGCCACGCAGGGCGCCAUUUCCAAGGAAACUGAAAAGGCGUACCACGUCACCACCUUUAAGCUGGAGGUCAGCACCAACGGGGAGGACUGGAUGGUCUACAGACAUGGCAAGAAUCACAAGGUUUUCCAUGCCAACGUGGAUGCCACAGAGGUGGUCCUCAAUCGGAUCCCUCAGCCGGUCCUGGCCCGCUUCGUGCGAGUCCGACCUCAGACCUGGAAGAACGGCAUCGCUCUGCGCUUCGAGCUGUACGGCUGUCAGAUCACCGAUGCUCCCUGCUCAGAGCUCCAGGGCAUGUUGUCUGGGCUGCUGCCCGACUCCCAGAUCUCCGCCUCCUCCAUGAGGGACAUCCACGGCUCCAUGGGAGCAGCCCGACUGGUGGCCAGUCGCUCUGGCUGGUUCCCCAACCCCACACAGCCCAUCGCUGGAGAAGAGUGGCUCCAGGUGGACCUGGGUGUGCCCAAGAUGGUGCGAGGCAUUAUUACCCAGGGUGCAAGAGGGCUGGAGGGCAGCACCAGCGCCGAGAACAGAGCAUUUGUCAGGAAGUACAAACUGGCGCACAGCUUGACCGGCAAAGAGUGGACGUCCAUCACUGAUAGCAAGACUGGGUUCGCCAAGAUUUUCGAAGGCAACGGCCACUACGACACUCCGGAGGUGCGGAGGUUCGAGGAGAUAGUGGCCCAGUACAUCCGAGUGUUUCCGGAGAGGUGGUCGCCCGCUGGGAUCGGCAUGAGGAUGGAGGUCCUCGGCUGUGAACUGCCAGAAUCCACCACUGUACCUGACACAAUGACCCCCACUGUGCCCAGAGUGGAGAUGACCACUGCUGCAAUGAGAUCUGCCACCACUCCCUCGCUGUCGGCCGUCUGUGACUUUGAGCAGAGCUUGUGCGGCUGGUCGGCUGAUCCCCAGUCAGGUGUGAGCUGGUCCCUGCACACAGCCAGCAGCAGCUCCACAGGACACGACACACACGAGACCCGGCAGGAUCUGGCACUGGGAUCAGACAAUUUUUCAGGGAACUACCUCCACAUGGACGCCGGCGCCCACACCCAGCGCAAGCGAGCGCGGCUGCUGAGCCCGGAGGUCGGCCCCGAGCGAGGGCCGCUCUGCCUCCUCUUCUACUACCAGCUCCAGGGGGAGGCGCAGGGGAGCCUGAGGGUCCUGCUGAGGGACAACGACCAGGAGGAGACGCUGCUGUGGGCGCUGAAGGGCGACCAGGGGCCACACUGGAGGGAGGGCCGCACCAUCCUGCCCCAGAGCCCCAAAGAGUAUCAAGUGGUGUUUGAAGGUUUCUUCGACCACUCGACCCGAGGCCACAUCAGAAUAGACAACAUCCACAUGAGCAGCAGCAUGGAGCUGGAGCAGUGCACACAGCCUUUCCCCGCCUUAACUCCUGGAAUAAACAACCCCAGGCCCAUGGAUUUCGGAAAAGAUCCUGUUUACAACGGCAAGCACCCAAUCAAUGGCGAAUACCUCUUCCCAGGGUGGCCAUCCUCCUUUUCCACCCCCUCCUCCUCUGACAUGGACCACCCCUCCGUCACCCUGGUGUCGGAGAUGGAUAAGGACAACGCCUGGCUGUACACGCUGGACCCCAUCCUCCUCACCAUCAUCGUGAUGAGCUCCCUGGGCGUCCUGCUGGGGGCGGUGUGUGCCGGGCUGCUCCUCUACUGCACGUGCUCCUACAGCGGGCUCUCCUCGCGCUCCUCCACCACGCUGGAGAACUACAACUUCGAGCUGUACGACGGCAUCAAGCAUAAAGUCAAGAUAAACCAGCAGAGGUGCUGCUCAGAGGCCUGAAGAGAGGGAGGAGAACUCUGGAGAUAGACAGGAGAAGGACGUGUUCCAUGAUCCCUGUUUAGUUCGCGGUUUGGACUAAGAAAACACAAAAAAGAAGCACUACCUGCUAUUUCAAUCCCCAGAGUCCACUAUCCUGUUACCUCCGCUCUCUGAUGUCUAAAGGGGUAACAUUCCCCCACCUCCUCGUGUGCCAGGGGGGAACUUGUGAUCUCGAUUUCCCCUACACACUAUGAGGCCUCAACCAGGGGAACAUCUGACCCCAGUCCUCCUCUACUUACAGCACCAUAUCUCCUACGCCUGCAGGAGAGAGCCUGCUCGAUUCUAAAAAGCCUGUGAAUGAAUGAAGGAAUGAAUAAAUGAUUAUGAAUGAAUAUAACCCGCAAGCUGCGAACGGAGAAGGACCAGAGCACCCGUGACAAUCUGGACAUUUGAACGACAGAUGACAACAGGGUCAAGGGUGAAAAUAUUGGUGGAGCUCUUCUUGAUGAUUUGUACCCUCGGCUGGAGGGCAACUCAAAUUCUGAGCUUCUGAAUGUGUCCAAUUAAAGACUCAAUCAAAAAAACGUUGGCAAAGACUUCAGCAGCAGUGGACCGUUUAACAUGGGUACUUUUGACUGAAAUCAACACAUAUCAAGUGAAUGCCUACCCCCCCCCCCCCCACCCCAUCCCCUCCUAAAGAAGUAUAAAAAGAUAUCAAAACACACAACUCUAAUGAAUCUAGAUUUCUAAAAGGUGAAGAAGGAAACGAGGAUGAAAAAGGACAUUUUCAUUUUGGUUUUCAUUUUGGUUUCCCAGAAGUUUUUCUAUAUAUAUAUAUAU